CUUUAAAACUUCUAGGGUUUUUUGGAACAUUAAGCCCUAGGGUCUUAUUCGCCUCUCGUUGUCUCUGCUUCAUGAGUAACAACAACGAUCAGUUGAACAUGGCCGAUCUCAACGCCUCCCUUCCAGGUGCCGCUGCUGCUCUUAGCGCCGAGGAUAGAGCAAGUCUUGUUACUGCUCUUAAGGAUAAGCUUCAGCAUCUUGCGGGACAACAUUCUGAUGUUCUCGAGACUUUGACACCAAAUGUCAGGAAGCGGGUAGAGGUUCUCAGAGAGAUACAGAGUCAACAUGAUGAGCUGGAGGCCAAAUUCUUUGAAGAGAGGGCAGCACUCGAGGCAAAAUACCAAAAGCUGUAUGAACCACAUUACACCAAGCGAUAUGAAAUUGUGAAUGGUAUAGUUGAAGUUGGAGUUGCAAGUGAACCUGCGAAAGACCAAGGAGAAGAUGAAGCCACAGAAGAGAAAGGGGUGCCUAAUUUUUGGCUCACGGCAAUGAAGACUAAUGAAGUCUUAGCUGAGGAGAUCUCGGAGCGUGAUGAAGGGGCUCUCAAGUAUCUCACAGAUAUCAAGUGGCAUAGGAUUGAUAAUCCUAAGGGUUUCAAGCUUGAAUUCUUCUUUGAUACUAAUCCUUACUUCAAGAAUUCAGUUCUGACAAAAACAUAUCACAUGAUUGACGAUGAUGAACCAAUUUUAGAGAAAGCAAUAGGGACUGAAAUUGAAUGGCAUCCAGGGAAAAGCUUGACACAGAAGGUCCUAAAAAAGAAGCCAAGAAAGGGAUCAAAGAAUGCCAAGCCUAUCACUAAAACUGAGAACUGUGAAAGUUUCUUCAACUUCUUCAAUCCACCUCAGGUUCCUGAGGAUGAAGAUGAUAUUGAUGAAGAGGAAGCUGAGCAACUUCAAAAUCAAAUGGAACAAGACUAUGACAUUGGGUCGACCAUUCGAGACAAAAUUAUCCCCCAUGCUGUGUCAUGGUUUACAGGGGAGGCAGUCCAAGGGGAUGAGUUUGAAGAUAUAGGAGAUGAUGAUGAUGAAGAUGAUGAUGCUGAAGAUGAGGAUGGAGAGGAUGAUGAUGAUGAUGAAGAAGAAGAUGAGGAUGAUGAUGAAGAUGAAGAAGAAAGCAAGAGUAGGAAAAAGAAGAGUGGAAAAGCCCAAACAGGAGGAGGUCCACAGGGCGAGCAGCCUCCAGAGUGUAAACAGCAGUAAGUUUGAGAGCCAAUAGAACCAUGCAUUGACUGGGCCAACUUAUUUGUGUGAAAGUGGGUCUCUGUGAAUUGGAGAAGAAUGAGAGAGUGAGGGAUGAUGAGAUUUUUGUUGGUUUAUUUUUCUACUUUGUUAGCAGUAUUAUAAUUAUUGUUUUUUUUAGUUUUUUUUCUCUUUUCCUUUUUCCCGGGGUGUGAUUAUAUAGGUAGGUAGGUAGGUAGGAGGUGCCUUGCAAUUUGUUAAUGCGUUUUGGGUUCUCUCUCGUUACCCAGUGUUGUGAACUUCCCAAUUGCUAUUUUAAGCAUGUGAUUGUUCUCUGAUUUACAUUU